GUAAGUAGAGUAUAAUUUGAAUAAAAAUGAGUUGGGCUUUGGAAGAGUGGAAGGAUGGUCUUUCUGGAAAAGCCCUUCAGAAGAUCCAAGAGUUUGAGAGUCAGUUGGACAAACUGAAGAAGGAACGACAACAGAAACAGUUCCAGUUGGAAUCAUUGGAAGCAGCCCUUCAGAAACAGAAGCAGAAGUUUGACUCUGAAAAAAGUGAAGCUGCUGCUAUCAAGAGGGAGAAUCAGUCAUUAGUUGAGUCAUGUGACAACCUGGAGAAGGCUAGGCUGAAACUCAGCCAUGAUUUCCAAGUCAAGGAGCAGCAGGUGAAUUUCCUGGAAGGUCAGCUGAACACCAGCAGGAAACAAAUCGAAAGACUGGAACAAGAGCUCAAAAAGUACAAAAAUGAACUGGAUAGGUCUCAGAGCUCCAACAGCAGUGAGCUACAGCCAUACAGUACUCCACAGAAGACCUUUGUUGCCCCUGCUACUCCAAGCUAUAGGCAACAUGAGUCAAGGUUUGAUGACCUUCAGGAAAAAUACAGCCAUGAAGUUGAGGAAAGGAAAAGACUAGAAGCUGAGCUCAAGGUCCUACAAGUCAAACUGCUGAACCAGUCGUCCGUCAGUCACAAGGAUAUUGCACGGCAGCAGACUGGUUCCUCCAUAUUCCCAUGGCAACAGGAGCAGACACCCUCCAAAAGGAGAAACGCUGCGGCCAGCACAAUGUGGAACGCAGAGGAAACCCCACUGCGGCAGAGCCAGCCGAGCUCGUUUAUGACACAGGGAGACAGCACCGGAAACAUCCAGCAAGCGGAGCAGUUCAAGGCACUGAAUCAAGAUCUUAAAAUUAAAGUCACUGAGCUGGAGCACCGUCUUCAGACACAGGAGAGGGACAUCAAGAAUCAGAUGAAUAAGUUUAACGAGACACAAAGUCAGCUGGACAAGGCCAAAAAGGACCUUGCCGAGAAGGAGAGGGCCCUGACUAAGUCAAAGGAUGACUUGGCUAAAAUGACCACACAACAUGAGCAGGCUGUGGCAAAGUGUACAUCAGUGGAACAGAAAUUGAAGCAGGUGACUGAAGAGAUGAACUGCCAAAGGCACAACUCUGAUAGCACACGGCGGGUCCUGGAGCAGAAGAUCAAAGAUCAGGAGAAAGAGUCUCAAAAGGAACUUGCUCACCUGCAAAGCUCCCAUCAAGCUCUGGAUACGCAGUUCAACCAAUCAAAGACUAAAAUGAGCCAGGAGAUCCAGCAAGCGAAGAAAGAAUGCAACAUGUUGCAAUCGGAAGUUGAUAAGGUAACUGCACUAAAGAAUCGCUUGGAGAAAGAUCUGGAAGAACUGAAACAGAGGCUCUUCAAAUCUGAGCAGGGAUUCCAGGCUAGUCAAACAAAGGAAAUGGAGCUUAAGAAGAAAUGUGAUGAGAUGCAAAGAGAGCACAACAACCUCAGCAGUCAACUGCAACAAGGAACCAAAAGACUGAAUCAGCUUGAAGAAGAACGCAAAAGUAGUGAACAGAGCCUUAAGCAGAGCCGUAACAUGGCGGAAGACUUAAAAGCCAAAACUGAAGGUCAGACUGAAGAACUGAAAGCCCUUAACAAAAAACUAGAGUGUCAAAGUCAGUCCAGUUCUCAAGACAUUGACGACCUUAAAAAAUCUCUCAGUGCUCUGGAGGCAAAGGAAAAGUCAUGUCAAGAAGACUUGAACAAGCAGAAGUUAGAAGUUGAGCAGCAACAGAAUAAACUUCAGGGACUAGAGAGAGAGAAGCAUGAUCUUCAAAUGACCACAGAAGCCAAGAAAAAUGAAAUUGAGGAGGUGAAGCGGGAAUAUGAAAAGAUUGUAGAGUGGAAAAAUGAAAAGGCUAAUUUGAUUGAAAAUGUAGAAUCAGAUCGUAACACAAUGCAAAGCAAAAUCGAUGAAUUGGAAAAAAACUCAGUGACAUUGGAUGAUGCAAACAAAUGUCUCCAGCAAAAACUCCAAGAUCUAGACCGAGAGAAGCAGACUCAGAUUGACUCCCUCAAAGGUGAACUUCUCAACAAGUGCAUGGAACUUGAAGAGAAGAGUUGCAAGUAUGAUGAAAUGGUUCAGAAAUACAACGAGGCCAAUCAGAAGCAUGCCAAGGAUGCUGAGAAUACUAUGGUGCAGAUAAAAAUGCUCCAGGACCAAGUGAAGGAUCUGGAAAUGAAACUUCAAGUGGAGAUUAACAAGACUGAGAGGAUGGAACAGUCUCAUGGUGAACUGCUGACUCAGUAUGAAAACGCCUGUGACUUGGCCAAAUCUAAGGACUCCAUCAUCGAGCUUAAUCAAAAUGAAAUCGCCCACCUCCAAGAGAAUGCAUCGCAUUCAAAUGCCGAGCAGGAGCAGCUGUUAGCAAGGUUUGAGGAGGAAAAGAGCACUCUGAUGAAGGAGUGUGAGGAGAACCUGGUUGCAAAAGCCAGUGAAGCAGAGCAAGCAAAGCUGAACUUGAUGAAAUGUGAACAGGACAUUCUGUUUUUGCAGGAUCAAGUCACCUCACUUGAAUCUGCUCUGAAAUUCCAGAAAGGUUUGAGCACAGAAUUGCAGACAAAACAUGCAGGUCUUCUUGAAAUAAACAAAGAUCUUACACAGAAGAUUUCUGAGGCUGAAAAGAGGGAGGAAGAGCUUUUGAAUGAGGUGAAGGCCCUGACUGACCAGAUUAAGUCCCUUGGUGCCCUCCGAGAUCAAUGCACUGAAUUUGCUGCUGCUGCAGAAGAGAGCAAACUAGCAUUAGAGAAUCUACAAGAAACCCACAAACAGACUGUAGAGGAAUUACAGAUUCAAAAGACAAGAAUGGAGAAAUUUGAAAUUCAAAUCAGUGUGGUGGAAAAUGACAUCAUCAAUCUAGAGCGGGAAAAGGCUGAGUUGACAGAGAACUUCAAAAGGGUAGAAACAGAAAAGGAUGAUCUGUCUGCAAUGUAUCAGACCAUGUCAGAAGCUCACAAUGCUAUUUGCGAGGAAAAAGAUGAUCUACAAAAUCGUAUUUCAGAAAUAUCAGCAGAGCUUACAGAGAAAGUAGGAAUGCUUGAGACUCUAAAAAAUGACCUUCAGGCUUCGAAUGUGUUUUGUGUUGAGCUGAAGAGCAAUGUUGAAUCCCUUCAAAAACAGCAUGAUACUGUUGUAGAUCUAAAGUCAAAUUUGGAGAAGAGUUUGAAAGAGAAAAUUGACAGGAUUGGAUCCCUGGAGGCAGAUAUUAAAGAACGCUCUGAAAAGUUCACAGAAGCAGCUGAAGCUCAUGUUGCUGAAAUGGAAAAACAUCUUCAAAAGCACAAGAAUUUGAAGGAAAAACUACAUGUUGUUAAGGCUCAGCUCCAGAAAAAAUGUCAGGAAGCUGCAGAAGUUGAGGACAAAAUGACCAAUUUGCUAUCUGAGAUGUCCAGGCUGAAGGAGGAUCUUGUCGUAAGUAACUCCAAGCUCAAGGAAGUCAGUGAGGACAAUGUAAGGAUUAGUCAGGAGAUGUCAAGUUGUAAACAGUCUGCACAGGAACUGCUCCAGACACAUGCACAAGAACUGGAGACAUUGAGAGUGUCUUUGGAUACAGCUAAGAGCAACGAAGAAAGUAAACAUGUUGAGAUUCAGAAACUUAAAGACCAAUUGUGUGAGGCAGAUCUGGAGAGGUCUAAGGCAUCUGAUGCACUGAAAGAGAAGAACAUAAGUAUGAACAAAAUCAAAGUCCAGCUUGAAAUGCUCCAGAUGGACUUGGAGGAUAACGAGGCUUGCAUUACUUCAUAUGACUCCCAGAUGGAAGAGCUUAAAGGCAGCAUUAGUGUUCUUGAGGAAAAGCUUGAUAAAAGUGAAGCUGAAAGAUCCAACCUCGAAGUGGCACUGACCAGUGUUCAAGAGCAGCUAUCAACAAAAACCACUGAGAUCGUACAAUUGACUGCAAACUUGGAAGAUACCUACAAACAGCAACACAAUAAUUCAGCAUUGACCUCUGAAUUACAGUCUCUGCAAAUGGCAAAUGAAAAUCUCAAGACUGCCUUGGAGGCAGAAGUAUGUAAACACAAGAAUAUUGAGACAAUCCAUAACAGUCUGACUGAACAAAAGCACAAAGUAGAAAAAGAUCUGCUGGAACUUCAAAGGGAGUACCAGAAUGCUCUUGAGGAGAUGGAUUCAUUAAAGCAGAAGAAUGACUGUCUUCAAGAAGUUAUCCAAAAUCUCACAGAUGAAUCACAGACCCUCAGAACAACCCAAGAACAAGCAAGACAACAGAUGGAGAAUGCAUUGGGAAAAAGUAAAGAGUUUCAAGAAGAGCACACAAAACUCUCUCAACAUCUUGUCAUUUUGCAGAAGGAGCAAUCUCUAUUCAGUGACCAGUACAACCAGCUACAGUCUCAAGUGGUAGAACAACAGUCACUUAUUGAACAGCUUAGAGAGAAUAAGAGCCGAGAUCAGUCACUGAGUUCUAAAGUUGCAAUCCAACAGGGGUAUGCUGAGGAAGAAAACUGUGUAUCCUGGCAGUCUGAGAAUUUGGAGACAAGUAUUCCUAUUGACGACAGUUUUCCCACACUGAUCAGUACAUCUCAUAAGAAUUUAGAAACUGAAUCUAAUGCUCUUGAAAGUUUGGAGUCAGGGAGUGAGGAGGAUGACCAUGGUUCAGUUGAAGAACAGUUGCAGCUAAAGUCACAAGAACUAGAGGAACUUUCCAAUACCUUUGAAGAGGCUGUCCGAACCCUUGAGGAGCAAAGAGAGGUUCAGCUGGAACAGCUCAGAUGUCAGCAUACUGCUCAGCUAAAGAACUUGGAGCAAAAAAUGGACAGUGUCAAACUUGACAUGGAGGCAAAACUUGUAGACGAAAGGCAGCACACUGAGAUGUUGUCCUCACAACUAGAGGUGGCCAGACAACAAAUAGAAGAACUAAACCUUGCCUCGCAGUCUCUGCUUCCAGAUGACCACCAGGGCAAUGUCUCACAGACAGCCACAGCAGAUGCCUCUUCAACAGGGAUGAUGGAGGAAUGUCCUAAGGAGGAGGAGUUUGAUGAUGGAGAAUUCUUUGAUGCUCCAGGUUCUCUGGAUGAAGCCACCACUCCAGAGACAGUGGAUGACUAUGCUGGAGAACCCUUCACUGACUAUGUUUCAGAUAGCCCUAAAGAACAAGGAAUCUCGCCAGUGGAACUACAGGCAAAUCAGGAUACAAUUAAAAGGCAAGAAGGCGAUCUGCAGGAGCUGCAUGCUCAAUAUGAACUUUUAACCACUGAGAUGGCUAUGCGAAAAGAUUUGUGUAAGGAGAUGGAGAACAAGGUCCAUGAAUUGACUAAGGAAAAUUCAGAGUCCCUUGAUAAGUUGGCCUCUGCCAUUGGGGAGAAACAGGUGCUUAGGUCUCAGGUAGAGGCCAUGACUGAAGAGAUCAGCUCGUUGACGCUGCAGCUACAAACCUCAAGUUCUCAACUCUCAGAUGUACUUGAGAUGCUGGAGAAUUUAGAACACGCUAAAGGUGGCUGGGAUGAGAAAUUCCUCCAGAUUGAGAGUGAACUGAAAAGAACCAGGUCGGAGAAGGCCAACUUGGAGAAACACAUUUUGUCCAUGGAGGUUGAUCUUGAGAGCAUGCAGGAGCAGAUGCAGAAAUUAGAGACUGAACUUGAGUCAAGCAGAAAAGCUAACGUUUCUCUUGAACAAGAACUGAAUAAAGCAGUGACUGAAAGAGGGCAGUUAAAGCAAGAGCUCUUUUCAUGUUCAGAGGAGAGGGAGAGUGAAAGUCAGUCCCUCCUGAAGUUGAAGGAAAAAGCUGACAUUUUGGAAAAGAACAAUCUAGAUGCAAGAGAAUUGAUAAAAAUACUUGAAGAGGACAUUCAUACAGGAAAGAAACAGUUAGAGGAGGCUUCCAACAAAAUUGAUAUCCUUGUCAAAGAAAAAGAACAAUUGUUAGAAGAGGUGCAGUUAAUAGAGCAAAAUAUUGCAACCCUCAAAGAAGAGAAAACUGAAAUGGUUACAGAAUUUAGGCAGCUGAAAGAUGGAGAGAACACUGUUCUUAGAGAAUCUGAGAGCAUGGUAUCAAAAAUCGAUUGCUUGCGGGAAGAGAACUCAAAACUUUCUCAGUCCCUCGAGUCUUCCCUCUUGGAGAAAGGGGAAAUUGCCUCACGAUUGAACUCCACUCAAGAAGAGGUGGCCCAAAUGAGAUCUGGAAUUGAGAAACUAAAGGUUCGCAUCGAGUCUGAUGAACGGAAGAAGAACCACAUGAGUCAGCUCCUGAAAGCUGCCCAGAGGAAAGCUGACACACUGCAGGACAACAUUGAAAAGCUUGAGAGGGAACGUGAGAUUUCUGACCAAAACCUUGAGGAAGCAGUGCUGCAGGCAGAAACUGCUAAAGAAGAACUUGAAGAGCUUGAAGCUGAGAAGGCAACUCUUUCUGCAAAAAUCGAUGAAAUGGCCAAGAAUCUGAGCAACCUUCAAGAAGAGAAGGACAGACUUGAAAAAGAGCUCCUCCAAAGAAUUGAAGAAAUGAAGGCCUCCAUGCAUGAAGUGUCUCAGAAGCUUAUUAGUGCUGAACAAGCCAAUAAAGAUGCGGAGGUCAACAAGGAGACUAUUGUUGGCGAGCUCCAGUCCAGACUUGGUGCCACUGAGGGCGAACUUCAGACCUGCAGAAAUGAGCUUGAAACGACACAGCUCAAAGAGCAGGAUGCAACCAGUCAACUUUUGACUUUACAAACCGCAAACAAGGAACUUGAACAGAGACUCCAUAAUGCUGAAGAGCUGCAGGCCAGCCUACACUCAGUGAACCAAUCUCUCCAGAAUGACUUUGCAUUCAGACAACAGGAGAUUAGCGAGAGGGAGGAAGAGACAGAAAAACUGAGCUCUCAACUUGCAGAGUUGCGGGGGCUGGUGGAUGAGCAGCUACAGUGGGAAGAAGAGAGGGAGCAGCUGAAGGCUGUCGCCGAAGAGUUGGAGGAAAAGGUACAGGCAGAGGCUGCUAAGAACGAGACACUGCGGAUCAAUGCCACCUCCCUCCAAAACAACGUUGAUCAACUGGAAACCCAACUAGAAGCUGCAAAGGUGAUGAAUACAGAGCUCACUGAAAAGAUAAAUGCAUUACAAGAAAGCAACUUGAAUCUUCAGAACCAACUUGAGAAUGCAGGCAGUGCAGCGAAAGAUGUUUUUCAGCAAAACCUAAACUCACUCAACAUUCAACUUCAAGAGAGUCAGAGGGAUGCGCUGAACUAUAAACUAUCCUUAGAAACAUUGGCAGGGGAGAAGGAGGAACUGGCCAAAAACCUAUCGGGAAUACAGGAAAGUCUAGUUGAAAUGAAGGAGAGGGAAAUCAGACAGGAAGAUGCCCUGAAACAGGCUCAGCAACAGCACGUGGAGGAGCUGAGGGCCGCGAGGGAGGAGAUGGCGGCAGCCGAGAGCAAGGCCACGGAGCUCUUAUCUGACACCAGCAGCCUGCGGGCCAGGGAGCAGGAGCUGACAUCUGCCUUGGCAGCACUGCAGAGUCAACAUGACCUGUGCAAACCCACUCAGGAUGAGCUGAACUCAAAAAUAGCUAAGCUGUCCAAUGAGAGAGACGGCAUCCUCAGCAAGAUGAACCUGUGGAUGAAGUCAUGCAAGCAGCUUGAGAGUGAGAAGCAAGCCCUGGUGGAGGAGAACCAGAGACAGGGAGAGGUCAUCACAGGCCUGAGGGACUCACAGAAACAAGCCGUUGACAGUGACAGUAGUGAUGAAGACCUGAAGGCUGAGCUGGAGGAGCUGAAGGAGGCUCUGGAGGAGAAGACCAAGGAGGCAGACGAGAGCAUGGACCGCUACUGCAGCCUGAUGGUCAAAGUGCACAAGCUGGAGGAGGCCAAUGAGAGCCUCCAGAACAAACUCAAGCAGCUCACCAGCAAGACCAGGAAGUCUACAUCAGCCAGCGCCACCCAAGCAGAGGCCAGUAAGAGCAGCGACACGGAGAACACCAUGCCCACUGCCAGAAAGGACCCGGAUGGACAAGCCUCAACGAAGAGGUCCUGGGCACUGGCCGAGACCCCGGUCAAGGCUCAUGAGGCCCUGGAGAACCUCGCCAAGAGACUGAGGGCGGGAGCAACACCCCAGCCUCGCCAGGAGGAGGAGCCAUUUAGCCCUGAGGGACUUCCUGACCGUGUAAUGAAAGGCUUUGCCGACAUCCCCAAGGGUGAGAUGAGUCCCUUUAUCGUGCGCCGGACGGCGGUGCAGAGGUGCAGCCCGCGGCUGGCUGCCCAGAGGUCUCUGGCCGACCCCUCCACAUGUGGCCCAAAACCACCAGCAGAGGACAGCAGUUCACAGGAAACUGGGGGUGUCUCCAGCAUCCUGUCCUCCGUGACCAACAGUCCCAGGCCCAGGGGACCCGAGAGCCCUGCGGUCAGCGCAGAGCAGAGGAAGACCAGGCGCUCCAGCAGCUCCCGCAGAGCCUCCAGCCAGCACGGCCAACACCCAACACCAGCCACCCCUGCCAAACAGGACGACAACAACUGCCAUGUGCAGUAAUGUGCUGAUCGUUGGUCUUUUGGACAUGGGUGUUUGUUGUUCACAUUCAUAUCAUACUUUAACUCAUCUCAUUCACUCAAGUUUUUUACACUCCAUGAUAAGGCUUUUAAUCACUCACCCUUUUUGUUCUAUCACCUUUCAGUAAAAUUGUAUGUAAUUUUGUCUUUUUUUUAACCCUGUUGAUUUUAAAAACAUCAAGUUGACUAGAUGAACAUAAUUAUUAGACACUGCUUUGUACAGAUAGAUGAUGCUCUAAUUCAAUUUUGUAGAUUUGUUAAAUUUUGUACAUCUUUUUUAAGUAAACAUGUUAAUAAUUUCCAACAAAA